AUCUAUCCCAACUCCUAGUCUAACACGACGAAAACUCAAUGUCUGGAGCCAACAUCGCUAUGAUACAAGAGUCCAGCGUCAGGAUUUCGAAAAGCAUUUCAAUCAAAGACCGCAAUCCAUCGAAUUUCCUCGAAAAUGUAUAACGUCAAUCACAAUCAACACGGCAGUGUCGAGGCUGUAACGAGAAUCCCUGGGGCCGGAAGCGACAUGAAACGCCAGGGAUACGGGAUACGCAGGGCUCCAACGACGACGAUCAGCCUUUAUUGGCUGGGCAGGGCUUGUCCUGGCAGUCCAGGGGAAAUCGAAUGAGUCGGUCUAUGCGGAUCAGCCUCGUCGGGGUCUCAUAAAACCCACGAGGUUCUAAGCAUCUUGUCUGGUUCUGUUGGAUUUUUCCACUUCAAUCGGACCUGCAACCAACUCAACUGCCAUCUAUCUGCCUCUACAUUAUAUGUGAAUAGAGGACAUAUAUUCAAUCAACAUGCAAAUCAUCACGGCAGUCGUGCGGGCAUUCCAGCUCCUCUUCGCCAUCAUCGUCCUCGGUCUCUCCGUGGCCCUCGCCAAAGGCCAAUCCGUCGGGUCCGCGCCCGCCAUCACCGGAUACGCCGCGUUCACAGGGGGUUUGGGAAUCGUGGCCUCGCUGGUCGGGGUCGCCGCAUUCUUCAUAUCGUCUCUCGACGGGCUCAUCUCAUGGGCAGUGGACGGGCUAGCAAGUCUUGUCUUUCUCGCGGGUGGAAUCGCCUACGCCGUCAUCCUCAAAGACGCCGACUGCUCGGACGUCUCGACCACGUGGGACAACCAGAUCCUCAGCGGGGGCUGCGUCAAGGUCGACGGCGACAAGACGUGUUCGUUUGGCGGCGAGGACAAGCUGAAGAGCCGGUGCACGUCGGCCAAGGCGAACACGGCGUUCAUGCUGAUUGACUUUGUGAUUUGA